CGGAUGUCUUCAGUGCCGAAACGAGGCCAAUGGCGACCAGCUGUGCAUUUCCUCCGACAACUCGUUAACAAUUUUUAGCGAAAUUAUCUCUGACUGUUCUCCUUCACGUUCACCAUCAUGGAAGAGAUCCUCGCGAAAUUGCUAGUGGCUGACAAUGCUGUUAUCCAACAGGGAACUCUGGAAUUGAGGGCAGCUCUGGCCAAGCCCGAGAGCACGCCGAUGCUGUGCGAAUUGAUCGUUUCUUCGGGAAACCCUGAGAUAAGACAAUACGCAGCUCUACUCCUUCGUAAGAGAUACACGAAAGUAAAUCACUGGAAUAAGCUUCCCGUGGAGAUUCGCACGCAGGUAAAAUCCAUUCUCCUUCAAGGAUUGGUAAACGAGCCUCACCGAGGUGUGAAGAAUGGAAUAGCCCAGUUGAUCGGUGUAAUUGUCAAGCAUGAAAUCCCCCACAACACAUGGCCGGAGAUAUUCCAGUUCAUCCAGCAGCUAGUAACAAGUGACAACAUGUCUGAAAAGGAAUUGGGAAUGUACACACUGGCAACAAUGACAGAGAUGGCCCCAGAAGUGUACCUGGCCCAUGCAGGCUCGUUGAUGACAUUGCUGGGGCAGACCUUCAGUGGCCUCCAAGACCUCGGCACCCCCGUAGCUUUCUACAUAAUCCAAACAAUGCUCCAUCUGACGCCCCUAGUGGAGAACAAUCAGGUGAUGGUGAACGCCUAUAAUCAGAUGAUUCCAAUGGCGAUGAGCGCAGUCCAAGCGUUGACAGUGACAAACCAGGAGAAAGCAGCCGAGGCCAUGGAGCUAUUCGACGAGCUCUGCGACAGUGGAGCAACUGUCAUCUCUCCUCACAUAAAAAACAUCAUCCCCAUGUGCCUGACAAUAGCCAGAAAUAAAACUCUGGAUGACGAGCUUCGCGUGAGGGCCAUUGGACUGAUUGGCUGUCUAGCCAGGACCAAGACAAAGGCGAUAGUCAAGCACAAGAUGGUGGAGCCAAUAGUGGAUGUUCUUUUCGAACUUAUGUCGAGUCCCCCUGACGACGAGAACGACGAGGUUUACUUCAGUGGUGAGAACGAGGACAACACACCAGUCACUUGUGCUACUCAGACUCUCGAUCUUCUCGCAAUUCAUCUGAAGCCUGAUAAACUAGUUCCUCAUCUUCUGAAGCACGUUGAACCAGGCCUCCAGAGCACUGACAUCUGCCCGAAGAAGGCGUCGUAUCUGGCACUUGCUGUUCUCGCUGAAGGUUGUGCAGAGCACAUCAGGUCCAAGUAUCUCGAGUCCUUCUUGACGUGCAUUUGCCAAGGGAUCACGGAUCAGUCACCAGUAGUGCGAAAUGCUGCACUUUUUGCUCUCGGACAGUUCUCGGAGUAUCUUCAGCCGGAGAUCAGCCAAUAUUCCCAGCAACUGCUGCCCGUUCUCUUUGAUUAUCUUGGACAGAUGUGCGCACAUUUGAAGCAGGAGGGACGUGAGCCACCUUCGGUGGACAGAAUGUUCUAUGCACUUGAAACUUUCUGUGAGAAUAUCAAUGAUGCUCUUCUACCGUAUCUUCCGACUCUGAUGGAUAGAUUGUUCGAGACAUUGAGUGGUGAUUCGCCUGUUCAUAUCAGGGAAUUGGCUAUCAGUGCUAUUGGAGCUGUUGCCAAUGCCAGCAAGGAGCACAUGGUGCCAUAUUUUCAACGAAUUAUAGCCAUUCUGGAUGUUUAUUUGACGAACACCCAUACUGAUGAGACAAUAUGUCUUCAGAUCCAGUCAGUCGACACUCUAGGAGCUCUGGCCCGAACAAUUGGCGAAGAGACCUUCGCCCCCUUAGUAGGAAAAUCCCUGGACCUUGGAAUAAAAUUAAUAACCAGCACAGACGAGCCAGACUUGCGAAAAGCAGUAUACGGUCUCUUCGCCUCAAUAGCUUCCCUCACUAAGAAAGAAAUGGCUCCAGUUCUUCCCCAGAUUCUGGAGCACAUAUUCAGCAGCAUCCAGAGCUCUGAGGGUAUUGUACCUCACUUCAAAGACGGUGAGAGCAGUGCAUUCCCCGUGUACGAGGACGCAAGUGACAAUGAGAAUGAUGAGGAGGAAGACAUUGAGCACACAGACAACGAGGACGACGAGGAUGAUGAGGACGGUGACGUGGCUGGUUAUAGCGUGGCAAAUGCCUACAUAGAGGAGAAGGAAGAGGCAGUUCUGGCACUGAGAGAGAUCGCCCAUCACACUGAGGACGCAUUUCUCCCGUACCUCGAGAAAUCCUUCGAGGAGACCUUCAAACUCAUCAAUUAUCCACAGGAGGAUAUAAAGAAAGCAUCGAUAGACGCUCUUUCCCAGUUCUGCAUAAACUUUUCAAAGAUAAACACACCGGAGGGUAAGCAAGCACUGUUGAAAGCAAUUGGGGUUUACAUUCCCAAACUCUCUGAGAUAAUUCGACUAGACUGCGAGCCACAAGUGGUGAUAAGUGGUUUAGAGGCAUUAGCCGAUCUUUUGAAAGAGAUUAAAGAGGAUGUUGUUGCUGGGGAGGGUCACAAAGACGCAGUUAUGAACUGUGUUAUCGACGUAUUUACUGGAAAAAUCGAGUGUCAGGAUCAGGACGAUGGGGAGGGAGAGGACAAUGAGGCAGAGCAAGACGAAUUUCUCAUUGAAUGCGCUGGAGAUGUCCUGUCGUACUUCGGAAAGGCCAUUCCUGCCGAGGAAUUUGCAUUCUACUUUCAGAAAGUACUGCCCCACCUCAAGGAGAGGGUUAAAGACAGAAAGUCCGAGGCACAGAGGUCAUUCGCUGUGGGAACGAUAUCAGAGUGUCUCUCCGGGUUGAGGCACACGGUCGGUGCUUUUGUACCGGAGCUUUUGCCACUUUUCAGAAAGAGGCUUGACGAUCCCAGUCCUGAAGUCAGGAAUAAUGCGUAUUAUGGCAUUGGGGAAUUGGUGCUUCAUGGCAAAGAGAGUGUCUACUCUCAUUAUAAUGAGAUUCUUCAGCUGCUCUCGCAGGCUUUACAGAGGGAGGAACAUGCUGGACCCAGAGAUAAUAUGACUGGAGUCAUUGCCAGGCUCAUUAUCAGUAAUUAUUCGCUUGUGGAUUUGGAGAGGGUAUUCCCAGCUUUUGUUCAACAACUCCCUCUCAAACAGGAUUUCGAGGAGUAUCAAGCGGUUUUCAGGAGCAUUUUGACUCUCUACAGAGCUGGGCAUGAAGUUAUUAAACCCCAAAUGCAAGCACUUCUCAAGGUUGCUAUCAGUGUGCUGCAUGAGAAGAAAGCACCUACUGAAGAAACAAAAGGAUUAAUAACAGAAUUGAUAAACUCAGCCCAACAAGAUUUUCCCAACGACUGGAGCACAGUAUUCAGCGAACUCCCUCACGAACUCCAACAAAUUCUUUCAGCGUGAAAUUAAAAAAAAAUCUUUUAAGUGUUUAUGUAUAAAUUUUCUACGUCAUCGAACGAUUAAGAAAUUGUUGCCAACCAAUCGGAUGAUAUGACAGAGUGAACCGUGUUGUUGACCGACACUGGUUCAGGAAAAAUAAUUAUUUUGCACUUGCUGAGAGAGUCUAGUCAAAGGUCAGCACUAGUACUCGAAGCAACGUAAUUAUUUCUUAAAUUCUGUUCUCAUGAUGAUUAAAAAUUCAAUUCAACGUGGUGCCUUAUUUUCAAAACGUGUGUUCUGUUGUGUUUUUUAGAUUAAAAAUUUUCUGAAUCCUCGGCAACAAUUGUCAUUAAAAUUUUGGGAAGAAUUUCGGCAAGUGACCAUAUCGAUACAAGCCUCGAUAGCAGAUAUUUUUUUUCCAUUCGAGGAUAAGUAAACAGUGACAGUUGAGUGUUUAUAUUACAUAUAGUUUAACAUUGAUAUAACAUUUUACAUUUGUUGCCUGUCCCUUUGUCGCUUGCAAUCAAUAAAUAUGAAGUAUAGUGCACAUGUAAUUGAUACUCUUGGGGCAAUCAUUUGUGUAGUUGCAAGUGAAUAAAGGUUUUGCAUUUUAAAAA